GUUGUGUGUGCGGGUUUCGGCGAGCGCGAGCUGGAUGUGAUUGUUUGCUGCUAGCUUUCGUCUUAUUGUAUAUUUCUAUAUAAAUACGUGCAUUUAUUAUUUAUCACAAAAAUAUAUUAAUAAUCAAGAGAUUUUCGUCGAGAAAUUGUCAUCAUGUCGGUGGCUUUCGCGCCUCACAGACAACGCGGAAAGGGUGAUAUCACCCCCGCGGGGAUACAGAAGUUGCUGGAUGAAAACAAUCAGCUGAUUCAGUGCAUCAUGGACUUCCAGAGCAAAGGGAAAACGGCGGAAUGUUCACACUACCAGCAGAUGCUCCACAGAAAUUUGGUCUACUUAGCCACAAUAGCAGACUCCAAUCAGAACAUGCAGUCUCUGCUCCCAGCCCCCCCUACACAGAACAUGGGUAUGUCAGGGGGAAUGAAUCAGAGCGGCGCACCCCCACAGACCCCCCAUGGCCACAACAUGCCGUCAGACGGCCCACCCUCUGGGCCACACAUGCAGAACCAGAUGAACGGCCAGAUGCCCGGACCAAACCACAUGCCCAUGCAGGGCCCAGGGCCCAACCAGCCUCCAAACAUGCCAAGCGGCUCCAUGAACAUGCCUCCCAGCAGCCACGGCUCCAUGGGUGCCUACAACCACGCCGUUCCCUCCUCCCAGGGCAUGAGCAACCAGGGCCAGAUAAACAUGAGCCAGGGCCAGCCAAUGGGCAGCUACGGUCCCAGACCCAGCAUGAACAUGCAGCCCAACCAAGGUCCCAUGAUGCACCAGCAGCCUCCUUCGCAGCAGUACAACAUACCCCCUGGUGGUGGUGGACAGCAUUACCAGGGACAGCAGAACCCUAUGGGCAUGAUGGGCCAGGGCAACCAUGUGAUGGGGCAGAGGCCCAUGCCUCCUUACAGACCACCUCAGCAAGGGCCCCCGCAGCAGUACCCAGGCCAGGAGGACUACUAUGGAGAGCAGUACAGUCAUGGAGGCCAGGGGGCACCUGAGGGAAAUUCGCAGUACGGUCAGCAGCAGGAAGCCUAUCAACAAGGCCCCCCUCAGCCACAGGGCUACCCGGCACAGCAGCAGUACCCAGCACAGCAGGGCUACCCGGGCCAGCAACAGGGCUACGGUCCUUCUCAAGGUGGUCCUGGACAGUACCCCAAUUACCCACAAGGCCAAGGGCAGCAGUAUGCGGCGUAUAGACCACCUCAGCCUGGACCUCCACAAGGCCAACCACAGCGCCCGUACGGUUAUGACCAGGGGCACAUGAGGAAAUAACGGACCGAGUAUUUCAACCCCUGACUAGAUGUUUAAGAAGCAAAGGGUCAAUACGGCAACUACCAGCAGUAAGCGAGAGACGCUUUUCCUUCCUGUUAGAGCGUCCGCGUGGCGUCUUUCCGGACCUGUGGAAGGGCUACGGCUCUCUGAGACUCCCACUCCCCACCCCCUUUUUUUUUUUUUUUUUAAUUAUGAAGAGAUGAAUCCCUCCUCUCUCUCCCUCCCCCCCCCCCUCUCUCUCUCUUUCUCUCACUCUCAAACUCGCACACAUGCAGAAAAUCUUUUGAUCCUUUUUUUUUUUUAUUAUUUUUUAUUAUUAUAUAUAUUUUUCCCCUCCCCCCUUUUUCCCCCAGAUGCCGGAUGAAACUUCCACGAAACUUCAAACUUCAAUGCCAAGCUCUGAACCUCAAUCUCCAAAUGACACUUUUGGUCACUUCACAAAACCCCCUGUAUUUUGUUUUUAUUUCAUAGCCAUUCUGAAAGCAACAAUGCCUUAAAGGGAAAUCAAAAGAAAAUCAGAGCGGCCUUAUUUAAUUUCCAACAAAAACAAAAAAAAAAACACGGAGGGGGAUUCGGAUAUCCUGCAGCACGGACUCGUCUUCCUUGCCGCAGUAUGUUAGCAAACCAUCUCUUCAGUCGAUUGCGUGAAAAGUUUCUCCAGCCGAAAGCAAUAACCCGGGAGGGGGGGCGAGUGAGGAAGGGGGGGCUCAGAGAGAUGAUCUUGCACAGGGAAUAUUCUUCUUACAUGUCAAGGUCAAAAUUGUAUAAUGUACAAAUGUAUUUUAUGCUUUCUAGAUAGAGCUUACUUUGUACUGAGGAUUUGGAAACUUUAGCUCUAAAUAUUGUACUUUUUUUUUUUUUCUUUUUGUUUUUGCUGAAUGUCUUUAUUAGGUGGUGUUGUUUUUUUGUUUUCUUUUUUCUUUUUUUUUCUUUUUAGUUUUUUAUAUAAUAAUUGUUGUCCCUUCUUUCUCUAGUGUAAUGUCUUUGGUUCCUCCCAGCCACACUGAACCUUGAUUAAACCCAUCUGCUACUCUGGUGGUUCACGUGUUAAUUGUCCACAAGGGAGCACUUCAUAUUUAAGUGCGGCGACUCCACCGUACACUAAGGAGGGGAAAAAAAAAAAAACCCGCCCCAGGAGUGGACAGUCGGGAUUCGCAUUCAAAUUAGGUGUCGUAGAACAGGAGGAAAAAGUUCAACAACAUAUUGUAGAAUUCACUCAUACAGCUCCGGAAUGAUCAGGAAAGCUUUGUCUUGAUGAAUUUGAUAGAUAUAGUUGAGUAUAUUAGAAUUGAUGGAUUCAUUGAGAUACAGGUUUAAAUAAUAAUGUAAUGAUAUAUAUAUAUAUAUAUAUAUAUAUAUAUAUAUAUAUAUAUAUAUAUAUAUAUAUAUAUAUAUAUAUAUAAAAUUUCGCAUCCAGCUUCCGAAACUGCUCUGAACAGCAUUUCCGUAUGAAGAUUAGGGAACGCAUGUUUCAAAUUUGUGAAUGAUCAGUGACUCUGAUGGUGGUUCCUGCAUAUUCUGGUCCUCUGAACUUUUUGUUGUUUUCCCUGUGAAUUUUUGUUGAGCAGGCUGAAAAUGUGAAUUAAUUUUUUUUUUUUUUUUUGAUAAAAGCUACAACCAUGUCUUUAUUUUAAAACAUAUAGAAAAGCGUCUUUUUUUUUUUGUGUAUGCCUUUAACAUGGUACUGGUUGUAGCUUUUCAGUAGUAAUUUUUCUCAUUUACUCCUAUUGUGUACUUCUGAGCAUGUACUAUGAUGAAGUAUGAAGCCAGCACAGUCAUCACAGGUACUUGAACCUGUGUGUGGUGUUCUUUUUGUUUCCUUUAGUUUUUCCCCUGUUGUUUUCGGAAGAACGGGCAUUCGAGUUUCAGAAUGUACAUCUGUGCCGAAGAGGAAUAAUCAUUUGGUGCUCGGGAUCAUGAUGCAACUCAAAUGUGCCAUGACUGUCUCUUUUUCCAUGACAAUGUAAAGUUGUACAUCAUUGUAACUGAACAAAAUGGCGGAAAUAAAUUAUUGUAAUACA